AUGCAAGAAGAACCACUUAUGAUGAACCCCAUACCCCCUGACCCUACGCCGGCGACAGCUCCGCCACCUCCGAUGAGCUUUCGGGACAAGAUUCUUCAGGGGAAAAGAUGGAUGGAGAAACCAAUGUUCGAAGAGGACCUUGAAAUUGUGAUGGAAGAGGAUGAUCUCAUCUUUGACAAGAGUGGCCCAAUGUCAAGAGUAAUUGUAUCAGAAAGAGUUGAGGAGCAACUGAUUAUACCUAGGCAAAAUGUUCUUAUUGUGAAACCAAUGGGGCUUUCCCUCACCUUCAAUCAAAUCUGA